AUGCUCACAGGACCUCUGGAGUAUGUGCCGCCGACGGAGGUGGAAGUAGUCGUCGUCAGAAAAGCUAUACCCCUCGACGAGAAUGAGGGCAUUUACGUGCGCGAGAAGCGCUCUGGUCAAGUGCGGGCGGUCAUUGGUUCCUCCUACAUGCUGAAUCAGGACGAGGAACUCUGGCCCAAGAAACUUUCCCCCGCAGUAGAGCAGAUAUUAAGAGCCAACAAGGAUCCUCUGGGUGAAAGGGCUGACUAUCGAAAAAGAGGCGACGAUGGAGAAGACGCCUGGGACCCUACCAGGGUAUGCGUGUGCCCGUACUCAGCUUUCAUUUGUUAAUUUUUCCCCUUAAUAUGCAGACCGUAUUUGUGUUCAAACGAUUUAAUGGACACCGUAUAGAACAAACACCUGUCUGUCAAGGACGAUAGUUCUCUAUUAUAUGGUCAUAUAUAAAAGAAUUUUGCAAGAAAAGGCGAUCUCAUAAACCAUAGUUUUAUUGUCUUGACGUCUCAGAAGUAGACAAGCUUUCAUCUUCGGAAGUAAGCGUAUUAUUGUGCCUCAAAGUAUUUGUAGGUGAUGACAGUCAUGUUAAAACGAGUUUACCUAAACAGUCAGGACGACAGGGGGAAGGGGUGGGUAGAAACUCCUUGAGCGUCUUAUGGUGGGAUGAGGGGAUGAUACACUAACGAGGACGUUGGCAGACGGGGGAAAAGGGAAAGAGGGUGACGGACUGUCCUCAAUCUACUUCCCCCUCGUCGGAGGCCGGCGUUGAGACGUUGGCAACCGUCGUUCGUACCCUCAUUAAAUUUAGAUGUCCUCCUAGGCUGGCAGUCUUGUUUUCGUUGCUACGACUAUCCGCUUUCUCGUCUGCCGGAUUAGUGGAUGGUACGGCUUUAAUAGUGACUGCCCAUUUGUCAGAUCAGUGUUGUGGUGCGUCCACGUGCUGUCCGCCGUGGACUCGCUCAUGCUUGAAUUAAUGUUUGGUCUAGUUUUGCGUUUGCUCUUUUAUUCAUCGGGCUGCACCCAGAGUGCUUAGUAGGCCGCAGGAAGCGCCGCACAACGGUCGAUAGAGGUUGUCCCCUUGUACCAGGCCUCGAUUUUUUCCCUAGCUACGCGGUCGUUUCCUUGAUCCAGACUUUCGGUAUUCUGGAAGGCGAAGAGUUAAAGUUCACGUAAUGCUUUUCUAACUGACCCUUUUAAAGAAUAACAAAUGUACCAUCUACGUAGCACAGCCGAAAUUUCGAGUUAACUGUGGGUUGAGUUAUAGCCUCCUAUUUUUGCAAAAGCUUGAUGUUGGCAAACGCAUGGGUACGCCGUUUUAUUGUCAAUAAUAUUGGUCCAGGAGUUCAAGUAGGGCUUCCGCAGGUACAUCAGUAGUGUAGGCCGGCGGGAGUUCAUCAGUGUGCCUUUUGACUAUCUCCAGAGGAGUAGUCGUGAAUAGAAAAAUAUCUUUAGAUGCUGCCACUCUCUCGUUGUCUGCAACUUUCAAGUUUUUCAUAUUACACAGACAAUCCACCGAGUCUUGAAUAGGGGCUUCAGAGUUCAUAAAAGGGACGGAGUUUGAUAUCCUGACGUUUGGUGCGCCAUUUGACGUAUAUUUUGACAAUCGAUGGUUCAUCCUGUUCCAAGUAAUUGGAAAGAACUCUCCUGCUUUUCCAGGAUCGUUUUUACUGCUGAUUUUUUUUAUAUGCGACACUCUGGAACUUGUUAGGUUGCCAUAUGCGUUCUGCCAGGAUGAAAAUUGUGGGGUUACAUACGGCAGUUCUCAUUAUCCCAUGAAUGAAACUACAGAUGCUCUCACGUAUAAGCACUUUGCUUUCGUACGUACAGGUUGUAUCCUAUCGCGUGCCGCACAACGCCGCCGUCCAGAUCUACGACUACAAGGGCAAAAAGUCGCGUGUUGUAUUUGGUCCCGAACGAGUCCUGCUUGGACCGGACGAAGAGUUCACUCUCCUGAGCCUCAGCGGCGGCAAGCCGAAACGCACCAACAUGAUUAAGACCAUCUGUCUGUUGCUGGGUCCUGAUUUCUGCACUGAUGUUCUAGUUGUGGAGACCGCUGACCACGCACGUCUCUCAAUCCAACUCUCCUACAACUGGCAAUUUGAAAUCCCGGCUAACCCGACGCAGGAGGAUGCAACGAAACUGUUUUCUCAACCCGACUUUGUAGGCGAUUUCUGCAAGGCCAUUGCAGCUCGCGUGCGUGGCAUUGUGGCUUCAGUCAAUUUUGAUAGGUUUCACAAGGUGCGUUUGAUCUACUCCCUCUUUAGAUAUGUCUGGCAACCGCGAUGACUCGGGGAUGUUGAUAACGACUGACUUCACCACAAUUUACUUUGGCUUUUAGAAUUCGGCCUCUCUGAUCAGACAGUCUGUUUUUGGCAUCGAUGCCGAGGAGAAUAUUGGAGACCGGCUUGUAUUUCCACAGAAUAACCUCGUGGUGACUAGCGUGGACGUGCAGGCCGUUGAGCCGGUAGAUCAGCGCACACGGGAUGCGCUGCAGAAGUCUGUUCAGUUGGCAAUUGAGAUCACGAGUAAUUCUCAGGAGGCCGCCGCCAGGUAAAUUGUUGCACAUCAGUUUUUUCUUCUGUUUGUCUGUACCAUCCUAACUAUUUUGGUUCCAGACAGUGCGGUUUUACAGUCGUUGAUUUUCUUGACAGUCACUUUCCGAGCACGGCGGUAGUCACAGUACUGCGUUUCCCUGCAAUUCUUUGGAUGUAAUUAUUGGUUACCACGUCAGGUGUUUAAUAAGUAUCCACAAUCUGGCCUUCUUUAGCCAGCUUACCAAGGAUGGUUUCUUAGUAUGCUGUCUAAAAAGCCUUACUUGAGGACAUUCAUCCCCCUCGCCCCAGAAAAUGAGAUCUUAAUCGACGCCACCAUGGCCUUGUGACAUAUAAAGGCCGUGUUAAUUGCGGACGUCCUGGUAUGAAUAUCAGUCGUUGUAAAGACUGGAGGGCGACCUUAUGACAGGCCGAAUGGACCCCGGCUACUUGGCGUUGUGCUGAGAAAAAGCGAAAGGUGCAGGCACCAAUCGACGGCGGUACACACUGGCGUAGUUCAGCUGACCUUUCAGAUGUGGUUAGCUAGGCAGCCAAACAUGAUAUCCGAGAAGAAGGUCGUUAUCUGCACGUCUGGCCGUUCUGUUGCAUGCCCUGCCAAGGUCGUCUGUUGUCAAGCUUUUCUUUCACACAAUAUGGCACACAUACCUAUGGUGAUUUUUAGACCAAAUCCUAAAGCUUGCGUAAUUUUCAAUGUCGAACCGAUACUUUGAAAACGGUCUCACCUAGUGAAUGAUUGUGGUGCGAAGCGAAGACUGAACUUGGAGUUUCCUAACUCCCAAGUACCUACAAUGACGUUAAGUCUAGUAAGCCGUCGUCAUUCUUGACUCUUAGCUGCUGUGUAGAAGUUGACCGAUUUACCGGUCACAUGUACAGAUCUUUUGACCCUGUGUGCUGUGCUUUGCGAACGAUCUUCCCAUAUGGGCGUUUUACCGGCUAAUUUUGGUCGCAAUUCAUUCCGUGCGCAUUUGACUCCCUUACGUUUUUUCACCUUCAUCACUAGUGCCCCUACCUUUUUUCUCUCUUUCGUACUGUUUCCCCAUACACCCGUGAUUAGUCUUUUGUUACUUUCGGGCCGAUCUGUACGUUGAUCCUUCUGUCCUGUUUACUGUUCAGACAGGAGGCCGAACGACUGAACCAGGAAGCCCGCGGCAAACUAGAACGUGAACGAAUUGAGGACGAGGCAAAGGCUGAGGAGGCCCGCCGUCAUCUGGUGGAGCUCCAAGUGCAGUCGGCCACUCUAGAGAGCACCGGUCAGGCCAAGGCAGAAGCUCAGAGUCGCGUGGAGGCUGCUCUCAUCAGCAGUCAGGCUGAAGUCGAGAAAGCCAGGCUAGAGACUGAGGCGGAGGAAAUAAAAGCAGUAAGUUGUGUCUGUCCGUCCUCUCUCUCUCUUAGUCACCUUGACCAGUAGAAGCCAUAUCUGGGGAUUGCUAGCUGUCAACUUGAAGAAGUUGACAGUUUUAAACACCUCGGGGCGAGGCUCCUGCUAAAUGGGCAGAAUAAGGAUGAAAUUGUCUCCCGAUUUGAUGCUGCCCGGCGCGUUUCUCAGGUCUUCGAAAAUGCCUUUGGAUCCGACGCGACCUCCCCAUCGCGUGGACCGUGCGUCUGUCCCGUCUGUUUUUCUUGAUGGUUGUGAAUGCUGAGCUGUGUGCGUGGAGAACGUGCGGAAACUGGAGGUAUUUGACCGUCGCUGCUUGAGGACCAUCCUUCGAGUGAAGUACACCGACUUCGUCUCAAAUGAGACAGUCAGCGCUCGCUGCGACAACAUCGCAAAGACCACCCAGACCAUCCAAGAAAGACGUCUGAGGUGGUUUGGGCAUGUUCUUCGUCGUCCAUCUCAGGAGCUCAGUGUUACUGCCUCUCUCCGGCACCGUUACACCAUUGGAGGCGUCGAAGAGGGAGUCAGCUCAAAACCUGCCUCUACACAGUUCGUCAAGACACUGAGGUGGAUCUUGGACCUUCGGUAUUCCGUCUCCGUAGUUGUCGAAGAGAAUGGAUUGAAUUGUCCAGAUCUGCUGCCGCGAAUCGUCACGCGUGGAGUGGUACAGUUCGGGACACCAUCUAGGCCGACUAGAUCAGGCAUGAUCGCAGCCGUACCAAGUACAAGUAAGUUAGUCACCUAAUCACUUUCUACCCCACUCAUGCCGUGUAUGUCUGGUUUUCUUUGUAGGACGCGGAGCUGGAACGUUUGAAGUUGGCCCGUGAAGCGGAGUUGGAUUAUAUACAAAAGAAGAACCAACUAAACCUCGAACGCAAAAAACAAGAUGUGGAGAUCGAAACAGCUUACUUCCUCAAGCGAGUUGAGGCCUUGGGUGCCGAAAACCUUCGUCGCAUUGCCUGCGCCGGACCGGAGCGCGAUGUGCGCAUGUUGCGUGCCCUGAACCUGAAGAGCACCCUCAUUACAGAUGGUCGGUCGCCAGUGAACUUGCUGGAUGCCACAUCAGGCUUGAUAGGACAGGCCAGGAGUGCUAUUCACGUCCGGCAGUCCGAGGACCAGGUUGUUGCGCCAGAGCCUGUGACUGGAGAGGACGACAGUGCCGAUUAGCCCAAAACCUCCACUUGUCCUUUUUAUGUCUUUCAUAAUUUUCCCCCCAGACGUCAUUUUUUCACCAUACAUGUUUUCUAUCAUUCUAAAUGCCUUUCCUCUCUAGAAAUAGAAACAUUGUAGAAUUAUUUUCGUGUUUACCGUCUGCAUAGCCUGAACAUUUGUUAUCCAAAUUCCUACGGGAAACGACCUCAGCAGCAUUAUGCACUAUCACUUUGUGUAUAUAAUUUAUUUCUUUCGUAGCCGACCGUUUAUUUAAGCAGAUUUUAUGGAACGAAAAUAACCUCCAGGUAUACCUCAGGCCUUCUUGGUCUAUUAGGGCGACCGUUCUGCCUAAGUACAGUAGGUGGUAAACUCAUGAAAUUUCAACCGAAAUUCCGAAAUGUGUUUUUGUUUCGAAAAGAUUAAUUAAGGAGGGUUAUAAAACUAGUUAGCCUGCAACAUUAUUAUAUAAUAUUUCAAUUACCUCAGGAUGCCGGCUUUCGAACGAACUUCCUUCCGGCUGCAUGCAGAAAUUACAGUCUUUAAAGAAUGACUAUUUCAAUAGCAUACAUUUUUCGCAUUGAUUUUCGAUGUCCCUAAAUGUCCUGUAUUAUUUUAUGAAAAACAUGCACAAAAAUAUUCAUUCUUCUUCUAAUUCAGUAGAUAACUACGUUUUCUUCUAAUUUUAUACUCGAAGGAAGGAUAUAAUUCGGUUUCAAAGAAGUUUCUAAUUGUGGGACUUUUAAAUACCGUGAAAUGGCCGUUCAUAAGUCAUCAUAUCUCUGUAUUUACCAAUGUAGCUUGUAGAGUAACAAUAUGAAUCACACCCGCUACUUGAGUUUAUGAAUCCUAUAUGGUCUCCCUUUAUUACCGUAGAGAAGUGUGUGCUUUUCCGUACGCGGAAAGUAUACGGCUUGUAGUUUGGAAACCCUGAAUCCAAGUGUGAAGGUAAAGCAGGUUCAGAAUUAUUCUGGAAUUGGAAAACUUUUUCAAAACCGAAUUAUCUCCCUCCUUCGAGCAUAAAAUUAGAAGAAAACGUAUUUCUCUACCGAAUUCUCAGAAGAAUGAAUAUUUUUGUGCAUGUUUUCCACGAAAUAAAAUUUGACAUUUAGGGACAUCGAAAAUCAACAAGAAAAAUACAUGCUACUUCAGUAGUCAUUUUUACACAGUGUAGUUUUUGAAUGUAGCCGGAAGGAAGCUCGUUCGAAAGCCGACAUCCUGAGGUAACUGAAAUAUUUUUGAAUUAUGUUGCAGGCUUAUAAGUUUUACAACCGUACUUAAUUAAUCCUUUCGAAACGAAAAGGCAUUUCGAAUAUUGGUUGACAUUUCAUGAGUUAACCCACCCACUGUAGGUCAAGACUGGUAGAACUGGUACAGCGGCCCAAGCCAUAAUGAGAACUUAGCCACUAUGACCUUUAAGCUCGGUCCCGAAUAGGCAAAGACGGGUUUCAGAAACUUGAAUGAAUAUUUCCCCGGAAUGAAUUUGAAGCAAGCAAGGACAGCAGAAUUUAAUGACACCACAAAAUUUCGCGACCGCUUCUCAACUGCUGCCGGUCGUUGCAUAACAGAAAUAACAAGUGAGAAAGGUACAAAGGUUUGAAUUUCGACAGAGAAAAUCGAUGUAAAACAGCAAGGUCAACGUGUACUGUGCGUAGACUAAUCGAUAAAAUGGUAACUUAAAAAUGCAACAUGGGAAUGAAAAUGGGGAACUAGGCAUGCCGAGGGAUUUCGAAACUCAAAAGGGGCUCGGGUCUACCAGGGCAAGCUGAGGUUGACCACGUGGUCUAACUGUUUACAUAGGUCGGGUUUCUCCCGCCGUAUAUAGGCUGCCUCCAGGUAGCGCAAUAACCGAGUAGUUCGUGCUCGAACUAAUACUCGAAAAGACGUCUUAGGGUCGACCGAAUGGCCACUAUCAAGGAGAUGUUUUGUAAUGGAAGACCGUGGAGUCUUGUUCUCCUGCUUUAGAAGCCAUUUGGGCAGGUGCUCAACUGCUCUGGCUGCCAGUUGCCUUUGCGUUCGCCCAAUGUACUUGCAUCCACAUGUACAUGCACUAUUGAAAGAACUUACAACGCAGCUGAACUCGUCUUCUACAGUUCUACUAUGGCUAUCGAAGUUCAACGGGCGAAGGAUGCCUUGCCAUUGCACGCCACGUCAAAUUGUGUUUACGAAUUUACAUGUACUUGUGGAUGCAAGUACAUUGGGCGAACGCAAAGGCAACUGGCAGCCAGAGCAGUUGAGCACCUGCCCAAAUGGCCUCUAAAGCAGGAGAACAAGACUCCACGGUCUUCCAUUACAAAACAUCUCCUUGAUAGUGGCCAUUCGGUCGACCCUAAGACGUCUUUUCGAGUAUUAGUUCGAGCACGAACUACUCGGUUAUUGCGCUACCUGGAGGCAGCCUAUAUACGGCGGGAGAAACCCGACCUAUGUAAACAGUUAGACCACGUGGUCAACCUCAGCUUGCCCUGGUAGACCCGAGCCCCUUUUGAGUUUCGAAAUCCCUCGGCAUGCCUAGUUCCCCAUUUUCAUUCCCAUGUUGCAUUUUUAAGUUACCAUUUUAUCGAUUAGUCUACGCACAGUACACGUUGACCUUGCUGUUUUACAUCGAUUUUCUCUGUCGAAAUUCAAACCUUUGUACCUUUCUCACUUGUUAUUUCUGUUAUGCAACGACCGGCAGCAGUUGAGAAGCGGUCGCGAAAUUUUGUGGUGUCAUUAAAUUCUGCUGUCCUUGCUUGCUUCAAAGACGGGUUUGUACUCCAGUUUCAAGAAUAGGGUAUUCUGUACAGGAUAAUGGGAGGGGAGUGAUGGAAGAGAGUUAGCAGCUAGACGAGGGUACCUCCGGCGCCGAGGGAGCGCAGUCCCAAGUGCCGGUGAGGAAUGCGUUACAGCGCUCUGCGUGAGAGCAGCUCUGCGCCGGCCUUGAAGAUGAUUGGGCGAGAACCAGACUGUCAGUUGUGCGCACGUGCAAGAGCAGUGGUUGAGGACGUUGGGGUAACAUGGAGCACUGAAGGUAACUCCUGACGUAAAAGAAGCUGAGGAAGGUAGUUCCACGUGCAGCAACCUCAUCAAGCAAAGCGAAAGAAGAUAUAGAGUGCGUGACCGAUCUUAUGAAAUUUUGGCCAAAAUUCUUAAACUUGUUUUCGAUUAGGAAGUAUUACUUAGGUGGGGUUGUAAUAGUGAUAAGCAUGCAGCAUUAUCCUAUAGCAUUUCGGACUCAUGAGGAUGUCGGCUUCUGAAUGCACUUCUUUUUACCUCCUGUAGAAACCACACUGUCUUCAUAUUUAAGGCUCGAAGAAAGUUUAUAUUUAGUUUUUAAAAAAGUUUCUUAUUAUGAGAUUUUAAAGACCGUGCGAUGUCCAUACAUAAAACAUCGUACAUCUCCGUUUACUAAACCUUCUCAUGAAAUUUAUCACACAGUCCGGAUCCACGGCAAAAUUGUAUGAGCCCUAUAUGAUAGCUUCUUAAAGGCAUACAGAAAUGUAUGAUCUUCCUUACGCGGAAAGCAAGCACCUUGUAAACUGAAAUCACUAAACGGUAAUGCAAUGGCAGAUCUGGCAAGAAAUUAUUCGGGAAUUGGAAAACUUGUUUAAAACCUAAGUAUGCAACUUCUUCGGGUAUAAAAUAUGAAGACAGUGUGAUUUUCUACCGAACGAGUAAAAGAAGGCAUAUUUAUGUGCAAGUUUUCUGUGAAAGAUAUUUGAAUUUGCAAAACCAUCGAAAAUCAAUGCGAAGAAUGCAUGCUACUUAAGUAGUCAUUUUUUAAGAUCUUGGUUUCUGCAGAAGGUCAGAAAGGAGUGCAUCCAAAAGCCGACAUUCCCAAGAGUCCGAAAUGCUAUAAGAUUACGCUGCAUGCUAAUCAAUAUUACAGCCACGCCUAAGUGAUCCUUCCUAAUCGAAAACACAUUUCAGAAUUUCGGCCAACAUUUCAUGAGAUUGGUCACGCACUGUAGACAGGCGCAAAUCAUAUACGGGGAAGGAGAGUUGUAUUCAGGAAUAUGAUAAGUGGUACAAGAGAGGGUGAGUUACACCAAGGGGAUAAUCCGUCUGGAUGGACAGGUGACGCCAUAUCUGCCAGACAACCGGUGGAGAUUUCUGCGCUGGGGGCAACUGCGGGGGAGGGCCGUUGGAAAGUGCCGACUUGGAGCUGGAUAAGAAUCAGGUUAACGACGAGAACUGCGGGAAGGGGGUCGGUGGUUAUGCGGGGGCAGGGCGCUGACUAUUUUCAACGACACGCAGUCACUUCAUCUCUACCCUGGGUCCGCGUUAAAAUUUAAUCACAGCCAAACAACUCAGUCCGAUUCGUCGGGCGCUAGAUAAGUUCUUAUGAGAGACAAGGUCUCAGCAGGCACAUCGAGUGGGGCCACUGCAGGGCAGCCUAUUUUGUAGACGGGAACUAAGUUCGGUAGUUGAAAGCGGUAAAAUUUGCGUGUCUAUGUGUCCCCCAUGCACGUCUUGGAUUCGUGCUUAUGGAGGAACCUUGGGAGUUAGCGAGCGUAAGACGUACUGUUCGAGUACUCAGAUCUAGGAAGCGUUGGGUGCUGCGUGGUGGUGGCUGACGCAUCAGGUAUGGAACUGGCAGCGUUAGUGGAGUGACGAAGGGUGCACCAUGCGUCGGCACAGCUUCGUCCCAUUCUCCAUGCUUAACGCCUGAAUGGCUCCAGUAUCUUAAGAAAUUGUUUUUCAGUCUGGACUUGAGAUUGGCUAAGGCAGAUUCUCUUGUAGUUGGGCAACUUUGCGACGCAUCCUCGAUAGGGCCGUUCGGAAAGCGCCCAGCUGGAGGUUUAAUCUCACCAGCGUAACUCUGACUCGGUCGACGAGCAAAAAAGUCAUAAAAUGUUAGGGCUAUGUGUCGUGGGAGGUUAGUGAGGUGUAUGCUUGAAGUACAGUAGAUGUGCUAACUCAAUAAAUGUUAGCCGGAAUUCUGAAAUGCGUUUUCGACUCGAAAAGCUUACUUAAGUAGGGCUGUAAUAUUAAUCGUCGCAAAAUCUAAUCCCAAAAUAAUUCGCCCACCUCAGGAGGCGUACUUUCGAAUGAGCUUUUACUCUUUCGUUUGCAAAAACUACACUGGAAAAAGUGGCUACUUAAGUGGCACAAUUUUUUCAUUGAUUUUCGAUGCCCUUGUAAAUUCAAAUAUUUUUCAUAGAAAAAAAUGCAUAAUAACAUUAAUUUCUACUCAUUCAGUGGGAUAUUACGUGUUCUUCAAACAUUAUGAUUGAAGGAAAGGUAUAAUUUGGUUUUAAAAAACGUUUCCAAUUCCUAAAAAAUUCUGAACCUAACUUACCGUUACACUUGCAUCCUGGGUUCACAAAUUACAAGCUUUAUAUUUUUCGUAAACGUAAAAUCAUACAUUUCUAAUCAACAAUAAACGAGAGCAUAUGGGGUCCAUAAAAGUCUGCAGUGGAUUUGAGAUCUAUUUUAAACUAAACAAGAAACAUUAGUAAGUGCGCAGACGCGAGGUUUUAUGAACGGGCAUGUCACGGUCUCAAAAAAUCUUAUAGUUAAAAACUUUCAAGAACCUAUAACACCUUCUUUUAAGCUUGCGAUUUGAAGGAGACGAAAUUUUCUACCAAAUGAGUAAAAGAAUAAGUAUUUUAUGCAUGUUUUCUGUGAGAUAUAUUUGAAUUUAAAAGGGCACCGAAAAUCAAUAAGAAAAUCACGCUACUUAUGUAGUCAUUUUUAUAGCGCAGGCUUUGCGUGCGACCGAAAAGAAUUUUGUAAAAAAAGCCGGCAUUCUGAAGUACCUGAAGAAUCUUGAAAGGAUGCUUCACGGUUAAUAAUAUGUCAACCCUACUUCAGAGUCGAAACGUAUUUCAGAAUUUCGGUUAACAUUUCAUGAGUUAGCACAUCUACCGUACUUGGAGAAAACAUACUAGUAUGGCAUUCAAAGACAAACGAAUCCUAAUGUCACAAACGAUAUUUUCGUCAUCCACAUUUGACGAGAUUUAGAGGAUAAGGAAGACGGUUGACGGCCGUGAUACCAAGCGAACUAGUAAAUUACCCAAACACUGUAUCAAAAAUUUAAUAAGGACAGCAGGCCUGACAGGGAAAAAGUCCUUACUAACAUCGGAUGAUAUUGUUUACAAAAUUUAGCUUUUUGCACAGAUCAGGUGUCCGCCGUUUAUAAAGAGAACACGGUUGCUUUAUCCUAAAUGUCCCCUGAUGUUCUUUCGCCUCUCAAACAUGCGUAGUAACGUGGCGUUGGCUUUCUGUCAUUGUUGAGGUCCUGAAGGUCAAUAUUUGUGUUAUAAAUGCUUCAAAUAUAACUGUAUUGCAGUUCUCGAAAGAUGACAGUUUCCAUGCCUACAACUUUCUGCCCUACUUAACUGAUGCGCAGCGCCAGUAGACGUCUUGAAAUUUCAAAUUAAUCCAAAUAAAACGUCUCGGCUGAAUGCGUGACGUUUAACUGUAAACUAUUUUACUCGUCGUUGAUCAUUGUAUGGUCUGAUAAUCUGCCUUUGAUCAUUUGUCACAUUUAGUUGUGUUGGUUAAGUUGUCUGGUGCCAUUACGGUGACCACAACACUUGCGUCCCCUUUCUAGUCAGCAUCCCUCACUGUAGGAAAUGGUGUAAGACUCGGUAGAUCAGAGGCGACUGACAUGUCUCCUUAUCUAUUUGAGUCUCAGGGUUUGUGUCGUUGCACCCACGAACUUUCCCCAUCAACCGUCUUCCAGUUGUAAGGGCUGAGACUGGGAACCGGUGCUUUUUGUGUUUAGCAACCUGGAAUAUCGAUUUCUCCUUGCACCUUUAGUUGGUGUCUGUGCGAUGGUCUCCAGACUUUUUGUCUGGUUCGCCAAACCCGUUGCCCACGUAAGGCACAGCGAUUUUGAGUACGCCGAAGGCAGUAAAGUAUGAUUUUUCCAGCAUAAACCCCUCCCCGUAGCAAGUAGGCAGUAGGUUAGAAACUGCCGAACUUUUCUCCAUUUGGAGAAAUUUCUCGCCUGCAAUGUUGUCACCAUUAAAGACUAAAAGUGACACUGGAUAUCUCUUGCCCCCAACAUCUGAUGUGUGACCCGUUAGCCUUCCUAGGAGCUGUCUUGUACAACUGUCGACGUGGAAAAGUACGAACUACAUGAGAUCUCAAAAGCAGAAAUAAAUUGUGCUCCGUGACCUAGUCCGUUUUAUCAGUGUUUGCUGUUAAAGGAUGAACACAGUUAGACCAUUUUUUGCUGCAGACAUAUUUUUAGGAAUGUCCUUACGUUGACUGUACGAUGCUUUCUUAAAUGCAUUAUGUACGAACUUUCCAUGUUGAAGACACUGUUAUAUGGAAAUGAGACCUGGACUGUCUACAGGAAUCAAGCGCGGAAACUCACUUACUUCUACCUCAGCUGCCUCUAGAGAAUCUUAAUGCGUAGUUGGUAGGACCGGAUCACCGACAACGGGCCGGAAUCCUCGGUAUACACGCCGUGAUGAGGCAACUUCAACUGCGACGGAGCGGCCAUCUUGUGAGGAUGGACGACCAACGAUUACCCAAGCGACUCUUUUACGAGGGUACAGUUACGGAUGCGCGUCGAUAAAGAUGUCCAAUAUGACAAUGAAAGCACACUCGGAGUAACUCUUUCAAAAACCACCAAACCAACCUGGAGACCUGGGAGAUCCUCGUUCAGGAUCCCCUGGCCUAGAGAAUGACCGUGCUUAUGGGAAGAUCAUUCUAUGAAACCAAUCGGAUUUCCGUGGUUAAAGCCAGAAGAAUAGCUUAUUGGCUUUAACGCCUCCGAUUCAAAAUGCCAGUACUCCAUGCCUUUCAGCAUACCUGCGAUACCAAUGGACAAUUAGUCCUCCUCGGACACCUCCGGACUCAAUCCAAGAACAGGGCAACAACUUGUCCCAUUGCCUCAACAAAAACUCUGUUGUCACACCUGCACCAAGCUCCAUGGUGACCACAACGACGACCACCCCCGCGCACUCCUGAUGCCCGUUGCCGCCGUCGACCACCGCCAUCCCCAUCAUUCCUGCCACAACCACCGCAACGAUGUCGACGAGGAAUUCCAAAUCUCCCACUCCCGCCACCGAUGAGAAAACUUUCGAUGCCUCGUUGACCACUGUCCUCAUAAUCACUGCCCCACCAGGAAAAAUACGGAACCGACCCCAACCGGUCUUCAUUGCGAUCCCACGUUUACCUAACCCAUGUGCAUGGUCGGUCAUUUGCGAAUUCGCCGCACCAUGCCAUACAAACGGAUGACCGAGUGUCUGGCACACAUUCGACGCAUCUGCCUUCACCGUCCGCACAAAUUCGCCCACCGCACGAACCUAUUCGGCCACAUGCGCAUCCACGGCAGCAAAAUUAAUCGCAAUAUCGACACGCAAGCGCACCUUGCACGUCUGACAACUCUCUCAUCUCCAGCAUUACCAACUUUCCAUCCAACAGCAUAUCCAACACCAGCAGCAGCAUCACCGCAGAAGACUCAACAGCCCACAUUGCCACCGCAUAUGCGCAUCGCGCAUCGGCCUGGUCGAUCAUUUGCGAAAAAAUCGCACAGAGAUAGGCGAACCGGUGCCUGGGGCACCAACAUACACUCGUCGCCACUGUCUCAUUCGUCCGUAUUGCCCUCACAUAUUCAGUGCUUCGCAUUAACCUACUCACAAACACACACGCCUUCAUGAAUAAUGCGCCAAAAUCAUGCUGUACAUGACCUCGUCACCACACACUUCCCCAUCGAAACUUAAAUCGUAAUAAACAUCGCACUAUACGGACAAGAACUAGGCGGCUCCCACGGUCGUGUGUGCGGCACGCUCAGAAGGGCUGCUUUCAGCACUGUCGUGCUACUGCGCCCAAUCAUAGCAACAAUUAGUUGACGAGCUAGGACAAUCGGCUGGUGCACAGGGAAGGGAAGAGCCGAGUGAGGUUGACGGUCUCAACUUUUAUUCCUCAUUAUAACCAAUCUGUCAGGCUUGAAUCUGUCGCGGUACGCCAAAAGGCGUAGUUUGGCACACUGCCAUCUGAAUGCAUAACUUGGAUCUCCCUCAGAGGACACAGAGUCAGGCUGCAGUAGUUCCUUCCUAGUGUGGCCUUUAUGAUAUCUCCGCUCAGUUGGGAUUCGAGUUGGCCUUUAACCCUUCUUGUGAGAAACCCCGGUCAGUUGUACUGAAUGGACGAGACUGUGGGAUGACACGCCUAGGUGCAGUUUUUCGCCGCGCCAGCCAACUGUGCACGAUCCAGCACCCCAUUAUUCCUUGCUCCGUCUUGACCCCGGGCCCAAGUAGAUAUGGGGGAAGAAUGUGGUUGGUGCAACGCAGAUCAACCAUCACUGUAAAUUAAUUCACUCGCAAAUCACCAUUUCUGCGCUCAACUUGCUGUGGGGCGCGCGGUGGACAAAAUCCGAAUCGACGGCCGAACUGUCAUAAAAUUCCUAAUUGCAUAUUUCCUAUAGGACCAGAAGAUGAUUUCGAUAACUGUUUUCUUCACGUCGGAUUGUUCGGACGUUUGUUUUGUGAAAUUUAAACAGAAACAGUUAAUUCCAUUCGAAGGCUUGUUAUGGCUUCUUGAAAGUUAGCAAAAUUGCCUCAUAGGUAUAAAGGUAGUACAGGUAUCUUUGCUUACAUCAGAAUUUAUGUCCUAAGACUUUCUCGUUAUGAAGAAUACCGCAGUGACAUCGCCGCCGGCUUCCAGCCAUCGACGAUCCAGUCCCAAAGCACAAAACUUGUGGGCGAAUACCACCCGUUUCAGAGUGAUCUAUUUUUCGGUUAAAUGGACAAGUGUUUAUCAAGAACCUAAGGACGUUUUCGAAAUUAGGAAUGUAAUAUCGGACCUUAACAUAUUGGUGCGCAUUUCAGACUAAUAAUUUUUUCCAAAUUACCGACAUGCUUGACGGUGCAGAUGAGUGGCUAUUGGGUUUGCUGCAAAAGUAUCUGAAAGAGAUGAACCAACUGAUCCUGUCAGCAUAGUUUUUGAUGUCAGUUUCCUUAGCUUUUCUCCUCUAAGCAAAAUUUAUCAGGACAAAGAGCCCAUCAGAAAAUUUAAUUGUGGGCAUCCAGUCAUUGCCCGGGCUAGGGAGCUAACAUGGCGCCGAAAGGUUGGAUAAAGAACGAAACGUAAGCCGACUGCACAAGCAGAAACACAUUCAUCAUCUUUCCCCGAUGUCUGAUGUUUCGUCUGUUUUGAUUGCACAACGUGUGGCAACAACCGAUAAACAAAAGUUUCGCCCUCCGUGCUCAGGCCACGCGCUGGUCCACAGUCUUUGCGCUCUGUUUGCGCCAUUUACCGUCUCAGACGUGUUUGAGCAGGCAAUUAUUUGUGUAUGUGCAGACUGCAUGCCCACUACUGUAGGGUCGAUUUAGCAAAGAGCAUGCUGCUGAAGGCGUGUAAACAGGGGUUGGCUAGCUGUUUGUAACUGGUAGGGGGCGCUCACCGAUCGUUCAUACGGAACUCACUCGUUCCGUUGUGCCUUAAGGGCUCUCUCUCGAGCCCAACCAGCAGCCGCACAGCGGCGCAUGAUAUAUAGGCAGAAUGGUAUUACCGACAAAGACAAGGGAGACUGGAAUGACCAUUUCUGGCUUAUUUGCCGUCAUCAGCCAGCCAUACUCAAGCCCGAAAUGGCAUAUUCGUCAACGAAAGUGUUGCCAUUUAAGGUUCGUACUGAAUGGUUUACUAGUUACGCAGAGCACAGGUGCACGCUAAAGGCUCACGCACAUGUGCCACUGCACGACAGAACUCAUCAGUGUGUCUCCCAGCGUUCCUCUUGCGCUUUCUGGUAUAUACUUCAAGUUUUCACAAUUGGUCUUUCAGUUUCCCCGAGAAGCACACAAGGAAUGCGAGGAGGCCCAAUGAACCCCUCAAAGGUGCGUUUUACAGUGGCACUAAAUAGACGAAAUAUGUGUCUGGGCUUUUAGUUAGUACCUGUACUCUAAGUAUGUGUAUGCUGCCGAUAUGCGUACACAACUGACCGGCUGUUGGAAGCUUGCAGGUAGUCCGCAGUUAUUCUGCAGUACCUGCUGGAUUUCAGUUCAUAUAUCUGCAUUACCUUUGGGAACAAAUCCAGGAAGGUUCUCCUCUGAAGGUUUUACUCCACGAUCGCGCAUUAAUUACUGAGGUAUCUAAAAAUGACCGUUUUUAAGACCCAUUGCGGCUUCUUUUGUCUGAAACAGGGUUUUCUUACGAUCAAACCCAUUUAUUCAACCUGCCCAGUUCCCUUCAUACAAACGACAGACGUAAAUAUUGAGACAUCACCUCGCGCACAGUUUGUAACCGUACUUCUUCAUGUCCGCCAGCUUCAUUAAGCCAAAUAUAGUACUCUAAUUCAAAAAACUCUCGGGGAGACGCAGUUUAUUUUAUUUUGUUUAGCCUUCCAAUCCAGUGAAUCAAAGUUAAGACUACACGCUGCAAACACGACGGGUGGUGUUCAAGCAAAUUCUAAUCCAGCGUACAACUUUCAUGCCGUGUUCUGUCAUCAUGGGAACAUUAGGGGCUUUGGUGACAAAUUUGGAAAAGUUACAUGAUAUUUUAUAAUUGAUAAGUUGGACCCCUCGCAGCUGUGUCAUGCUGCGAUGCACUAUCGGUGGGACCUUGGGCUAGGCAUUCAGCUAGUAGUUCUCCCGUCAGGAACACUAUAUUAUGCAACCUAUAUAUAUACUACUGGUUCCCUGUCGGCAGUUUAUGAAUACAAAGCGGUUAUUCGGCUUUAGUCGAUGGACUUCGGCCCAAAUGUUCAUAUCAAAUUUCAGUCUGAGCCCAUAGGUCUCAAACAGACUGCUCUAUCACAGGUUGCAGAUUUAGUCCCGUGAACAUUACAGAACUGCAAUUUAACGAAGUGCAGACACUGGGAUUGAUGAGGUAGUCGUCAAAGCCAUCAGGUUCAGCCGACCAAAAUUUUGGCCAUAUAAAAGUGAGGGAUCCCCAAACUUUAAAAAUUUAACGACUGUGGACUUUGGACGUAUCAGGUGAUACAGAUUGCCUAAACCGGGAACUCAGAUCCGGCUCGGAGACAUCAUGCGUUGAUGACGUACAUAGUGAUCGAUGCACGCCAAUAGACACUUUAUAAAUGUAUUCUCAGGACAGCAGACUCGUUUGUUCGCGACAAGCACCUUAUUCUGCUGAUGCUGGGGAUUCCGCUUCAGUCGUUCCUUGUUGUCUCCGCUGAUUUCUAUCACUGGUGUUGGGUUCGAGUUGGAAUUCGAAAAUUCGGACGAAGGAGUUUCUGGUUCCAGCGAUUCUUAUCGUUACUGGUGGUGAUUUGGUUGGAUCUUAUUUCGUAGCCGCACCUGCAGUAGAUAAGCCCCAGCCGCUCGUCCUACGAGAUCGUCCCUAACCUUAACCCCUAACCCAUAACACUAAUCUCUGACCCCUAACCCCCAGUCCCUAACCCUUAGCAGGUGCGGAUACGAAAUAGGAUAUUACCGGUGAUUUCAGCUGAUUUGAUAUCACUGAAUCAGAAAUUAUACAGUAAAAUGUAUAUUUUCUAUCUCAAAGUUCGCAGUAUCCAGAUAAAUCUUCUGGGGGUGGGGGGGGGGAUAAAGAGGCGGACACCUUUAUAAGAUGGCACCAUUUGUAAGCUGAUAGAAUAAACGACACCUAUUGAUUCAGUUGAUAUAAGAAAUUGGACACAGCGGCUGAUAGUGAUAAAGCAGCCGGUCACUGCUUGCCACUCACGACUCUGUCCCCGCAAGGCACACUUUCCAAAUGGGGGUAGGGCUGGAAAUCUUCUUGGGGAUGCACUGUAUUGAAGCCGCCGGACUACCCGCACUGCCUUCGAAGUCGUGAGUUUGACUAUCCCCGCCAAUGACCAGAGUGUCCUUUGACCAGGUAGCUCCAUAGAUCGCCUGGGCCAACGGACUGGAAGUCGUACCCACGCCUGUUCCGCUAAUGGCAUCUGUGGGUGAGUCGCUCAUGCCCGUUGACCGUUUUUGUUGUUGCCGUCUUUGUCGUCGUCGCGGCGGCGGCGGCGGCGGCGGCGGCGGCGGCGGCGGCGGCGGCGGCGGCGGCGGCGGCGGCGGCGGCGGCGGCGGCGGCGGCGGAGACAGCGAUACUUGA